CGCAAAAGGUUUACACCAGAACUGACAGAAAGUUUCGUGUAAACAAGCUUUCUGUCGGAAACUUCUAACCGCUACGGCUGAAAACCACCUAAAAAGUAAGGUAACUUUUGCGGUCUUUAACUCGAGUUUCAACGUGGUGGGGGGGAUGGUUUCCUCUUUCGUAAUUUGCGUAAACGCCUGAGAGCAAACAAGGACCUUUCUGUUGCGGUAUAAAAAACAAUACUGUCCAUGUUUUCAAAUAUGCUGUGGCAACAGUUUACUUUAUAAAGCCAGACUGAUAACGUGUUCUUGUAGUAGCUUUUUCUUCACUAGUAAGAGCUUGUCAUCCUGAGUUUGAUCUUACUCACUCAUUUUUUCUGUAGCCAAGAGGCCAUAAUGGUAUGUCGUCAGACAAUCACAAUCGCCAGUAGUCGUAAGUAGUCAGUCAGGCAAUCACCGUAAAAGUUUCACACCAAAACUGGUGCAAAGUUUCGCAGCAAAAGCCAGUAGUCGUAGGUAGUCAGUCAGGCAAUCACCGUUAAAGUUUCACACCAGAACUGGUGCAAAUUUUCGCAGCAAAAGCCAGUAGUCGUAGGUAGUCAGUCUGACAAUCACCGUAAACGUUUCACACCAGAACUGGUGCAAAGUUUCGCAGCAAAAGCCAGUAGUCGUAGGUAGUCAGUCAGGCAAUCACCGUAAACGUUUCACACCAGAACUGGUGCAAAGUUUCGCAGCAAAAGCCAGUAGUCGUAGGUAGUCCGUCAGGCAAUCACCGUUAAAGUUUCACACCAGAACUGGUGCAAAGUUUCGCAGCAAAAGCCAGUAGUCGUAGGUAGUCAGUCAGGCAAUCACCGUAAAAGUGUCACACCAGAACUGGUGCAAAGUUUCGCAGCAAAAGCCAGUAGUCGUAGGUAGUCAGUCAGGCAAUCACCGUUAAAGUUUCACACCAGAACUGGUGCAAAGUUUCGCAGCAAAAGCCAGUAAUCGUAGGUAGUCAGUCAGGCAAUCACCGUAAACGUUUCACACCAGAACUGAUGCAAAGUUUCGCAGCAAAAGACAGUAGUCGUACGUGGUCAGUCAGGCAAUCACCGUAAAAGUUUCACACCAGAACUGGUGCAAAGUUUCACAGCAAAAGCCGGUAAUCGUAGGUAGUCAGUCUGGCAAUCACCGUAAACGUUUCACACCAGAACUGGUGCAAAGUUUCGCAGCAAAAGCCAGUAGUCGUAGGUAGUCAGUCAGGCAAUCACCGGUAAAGUUUCACACCAGAACUGGUGCAAAGUUUCGCAGCAAAAGCCGGUAAUCGUAGGUAGUCAGUCUGGCAAUCACCGUAAACGUUUCACACCAGAACUGGUGCAAAGUUUCGCAGCAAAAGCCAGUAGUCGUAGGUAGUCAGUCAGGCAAUCACCGUAAAAGUUUCACACCAGAACUGGUGAAAAGUUUCACAGCAAAAGCCAGUAGUCGUAGGUAGUCAGUCAGGCAAUCACCGUAAAAGUUUCACACCAGAACUGGUGCAAAGUUUCGCAGCAAAAGCCA